UAAUUACAUAAGCAAAACGUAAAUGAUUCGCGGGAAAAAGUGAAAAAAUGGCGACUUGCACAGUCUGAACUGAAGCGCUGCACUCUCGUGAGCUGCUAAAGUAUUACUUUGCGACAGGACUAUAGUGCUUUUGAAGUUAUUAAUGCGUAUUGUGAACUAUUGCCCUUACAUCGGCGAGCAUUCAAACGGGUGUGUGCUUGAGUGAGUGAUUGAGUGAGUGCGUGUGUGUGUGCGUGUGUGUGCGUGUGUGCGUGAGUGUGUGUGUGCGUGCGUGUGUGUGUGCUUGAGCGUGAGCGGCGAGCAUGCUGGAGUCGGCCUACAGAGACGAGUACCUGUCGGCGGAGGGGGUGGAGCCUAAGCGGCUGGUGGCCAAGCGGGAGCGCAGCAUGAGCGAGCUGGAGGCCAGUCUCACCGUGGGCCAAUACGUCCUGUGCUGCUGGAGCGACGGACUCUACUACCUGGGCAAGAUACAGCGGGUCAGUCCCCCAAAACAGAGCUGCUUUGUUACGUUCGAGGACAACUCUAAGUUCUGGGUCCUGUGGAAAGACAUCCAGCAUGCUGGAGUACCUGGUGAGGAACCCAAGUGUUCUGUGUGCUCGGAGAUGGUAUCUGACCUGGGGAACGCCAUUCUCAUCUGCGGCAAAUGUGGAAUAGGUUACCACCAGCAGUGCCACCUGCCCCCCGUAGAAAGUUCUACAGACUCCCCCUGGUUCUGCAGGAAGUGCAUCUUCGCCCUGGCCGUGAGGAAAGGGGGCGCUCUGAAGAAGGGGCCCAUAGCCAGAGCACUGCAGGCCAUGAAGCAGGUGCUGGCCUACAACCCAGACGAGCUGGAGUGGGACUCCCUGCACCGGACCAACCACCAGCAGUGCUACUGCUACUGUGGAGGGCCUGGAGAGUGGUACCUGAAGAUGCUGCAGUGUUUUAAGUGUGAGCAGUGGUUCCAUGAGGCCUGCAUCCAGUGCCUGCAGGAGUCCAUGAUGUUCGGGGACAGGUUCUACCUGUUUAUCUGUGCCGUGUGCAAUAAAGGGGUGGAGUACAUCAAGCGGCUGGCGCUCAGAUGGGUGGAUGUGGUCCACUUGGCGCUGUAUAAUCUGGGCGUGCAGAGCAAGAAGAAGUACUUUGAGCUGGAGGAGAUCCUCAACUUCAUCAGCAGCAACCUGGACCACUUCCAGCUGGGAAAGCUUUCAAACACACCUCCUGCAGAGAGAGGACAGCACAUCCUGGAUGCGCUCAACAACUAUAAAACCAAGUUCCUGUGUGGGAAGGAGAUCAAGAAGAGGAAGUGCAUCUUCCGGCUGCGCUCGCGCGUGCCCCCCAACCCCCCCUCCAAGCUGUUCCCAGAGAAGGCCCAGAGCGAGGCCCGCCGCGGACGCAAGAAGGCCAGCGGCCGCAACAGCAGCUCAGCUCCAGCAGAUAAGAGGAGGAAGAAGAGGUCCAAGUGGCUCCUAGAAGACGCCAUACCUAACAGUGACCUCAGCUCCUGGGGUGCUAACCACCACAUGGCCAACAUAUUCGACUUCACGCUGGACGAACUGCAAAGCUUAAAAAGCACCAGUUCAGGACGGACCCUCAGUCUGGAUCAAGACUCCACAGAUGCAGCCAGCACUUCAGGCUCAGCCACCACCAGUGUGUCCUACGACUUCCGUAAGAACGUGGGCAGCCGUAAGCGUAAGCUGCCCUCCUCCUGCUACUCGCUGAUGGCCACGAAGAGGGCGGCGUCGGAGAGCGACCCCAUCAGCCCGCUGAGCCUGCCGGGCGAGGAGCCGGCCGUCACCAUGGAGACGGGCAUCGACAGCCACACCUUCGAGAGCAUCAGCGAAGACGACUCGUCGCUCUCGCACCUCAAGUCGUCCAUCACCAGCUACUUUGGCGCCGCCGGACGCCUCACCUGCGGGGAGAAGUACCAGGUGCUCGCCCGCCGCAUCACACCUGAGGGCAAGGUGCAGUACCUGGUGGAGUGGGAGGGCACCACACCCUACUGAACUGGCACACACACACACACACACACACACACACACACACACACACACACACACACACACACACACACAC